AUGGACAACUUUUCAGCAGGAGACGAUACUGAUCCCGCUGUCAUACAAAUAUAUCGGGACAUUACAGAUAUGAUGGGUCAGAUCCAGCUUCCUAUGGCAAAAUGGGCUACCAAUUCGGAAUUGCUGAAGAAGCUGUGGGAAGACACGAAUAUAGCUUACACCCAGAAAACACGAAUUCUCGGAGUAGACUGGGACACCGCAAAGGAUGAAUUCUCCAUAGACUAUAACGGCGUCGUUUCGGAUGCAGUGGAACACCCCGGUACGAAACGCCUGCUACUUGCCGCAACAUCCCGUUUCUACGAUCCUCUCGGAUUAUUCGCACCCGUCUCCAUUACGGGGAAAAUCAUUUUCCAAGACACUUGGCUCCGCGGACUCCAAUGGGAUGAAGUCCUGCCAGCAGACAUCUCAACUCAUUGGAAACACUGGCUAGAAGACCUACAACAUUUGUCAUUUGUGUCCAUACCAAGAUGGAUCAAAACGACAAGACUUAACCUACAUCGAGCAAAUAUCCACGUCUUCUGUGAUGCUAGCGAGCGUGCCUACGGUGCUGUUAUUUACAUCCGUACCAAUCUUCCAUCAGGCAUUUCCACAUGUCUUCUCUGCAGCAAAGCUCGUCUAGCCCCCAUCAAAAGGGUUACCUUACCUCGGCUAGAACUGCUUGCAGCCUUGGUGGGUUGUCGCCUGUUAAAAUACAUUACUACGGAAACCAACCUUCAAAGAGAGAGCGCUGUCCUUUGGAGUGACGCCAAGGUGAUCUUGGGUUGGAUCCGUGGACACCCCAAUCGAUGGAAGACCUUUGUACAAAACCGAGUGUCGGAGAUUCAAAGCAUCACCAACCCAAAUCAAUGGCGCCAUUGCCCCGGCACAGACAAUCCAGCUGACCACUUAUCCCGAGGCCUAACGGCGGAACACCUACGCAGUUGCACAUCCUGGUGGCGCGGUCCCCAGUGGUUAUCACAAACAGAAGAAUACUGGCCGGCCAAUGACCAUCCGACACCAUCCGAUUGCGCCACAGAAGAACGCAAACAUGUGGUCACCCUGCACACUGCAGCCUAUAUCGAGUUGUUAGAUAUAUCUCGCUUCAGUAGCUACAUACGCCUCCUCCGAGUAACAGCUUGGAUCCUCCGCUUCAUUACACUUUGCAAAAUUCACCCCCGGAAUAACCACCCGAAAGGAGAACUCUCAGCAGAUGAAGUAAGCUCAGCGAGAGACCACUGGAUCAGAUCAGUACAGAAGACAUAUUUCGCUAACGAGUUAAUAGCACUCAAUUCCGGUGCACUCAUAUCAGAAAAAUCACCCAAUUAUCGCUUCCACCCAUUCCUGUCCAAUGGGAUCCUAAAAGUAGGGGGCCGAUUACAAUUUGCAGAUGUCCGCGCUUCCACACAGCAUCCAAUUCUACUAGACGGCCGACACACCUUUACCCGUCUCCUCAUCAUGGACUGCCACUUACGCCUGGGGCAUCUGGGCACUCGUGUGGUUCUUGCCAACCUGAGAGAAGAGUUCUGGAUCCUGCGAGCUCGUCAAGUCAUCAAGACCGUGCUGCAUAGAUGCCUACCGUGCCAGCGCCAAAGGAGUCAGCCUUACCAAGAAACCGAAGCCCCCCUCCCUCCUGACCGUGUAUUACCCUCUCCGCCUUUCUCAAUCACAGGAGUAGACUUUGCCGGCCCACUGUAUAUCCGAAAGGGUCAGUCGAUAGAGAAGUCGUACAUUACACUGUUCACCUGCGCCACUACGAGAGCUGUACAUCUAGAGCUGUCUUCGAGCAUGUCAACAGACAGUUUCCUCCUUUGUUUACAGUGCUUUGUAGGACGGCGAGGCCUCCCUCGCAAAAUUUACUCCGACAAUGCCAAAUCAUUCCACGCAGCCAACAAAGAACUACGGGAUCUCUGGCAGUCACUCUCUGAUAAGCAGAUUGCCCACUACUCUGCCCACCACGGCAUCACUUGGAUCUUUAAUGUGGAGAAGGCGGCUUGGUGGGGAGGAUGGUGGGAGAGAAUGGUGGGGAGCGUGAAGAGAUGCCUCCGCAAGAUACUAGGGAAAAGCCUAGUAAAUGCAGAACAGAUGUCUACCGUACUCACCGGGGUAGAAGCCGCCCUCAAUAACAGGCCUCUGGUACACAAUUAUGACACCGAGGAGCCAGAAGCACUUACUCCCUCUCACUUCUUGAUAGGGAAAAGAAUCUCUGACCUCCCAGAGCCUAAUAAUCAUACCCCAAUUCAUGACCUCGUGAGACAGUGGCGUCACCUACAGUCCAUCAUCGACAGCUUCUGGAGACGAUGGCAAAAGGAAUACUUGCUUGACCUACAAAGCUUUCAUCAGGUUCGUAGGGUCAAGAAGAAACUGCCACCACCCCGGGAAGGAGCGCUUGUCCUUCUUAGGGAGGACUCGCUGCCUAGACAGAUGUGGAGGACAGCCGUAAUCGAGGAGCUAAUUACCGGCCGCGAUGGUUGCGUGCGAACAUGCCGUCUGAGGCUCCCUGAUCAGAAGCGCAUCAGCCGCCCCAUCCAAUUGGUCCUCCCAUUAGAAGCAGAGGACCAAGGUGGGGAGGAUGUGAGGGAUGCAACAACAAGCGGGCCCACCAACAGCGAAAGGGGAAACUUGGAGAAACACGUGGUGGAUACGACCCGAUCAGGGUGCGUACCCGGGGUGAGAGAUUUAUCGGAGGGUGUGGGAGUUAGGGACGGAAGUGAAGGAGGAGAGGGGGAAAAAGGAGGAAAGGGUCAGAGUUGA